AUGCUGCGCGCGACCCUCACUCGCCUGGAGGUGGCCCCCAAGGUCACGCACAUUCAAGACAAGCUGCUGAUCAACGGCAAGUUCGUGUCAGCCAUGUCUGGUAAGACGUUUGAGGUUGUGAACCCCGCAAACGAGAAGGUGAUCGCGACCGUUGCGGAGGCCGGGAAGGCGGAUGUGGACCUUGCGGUGAAGGCUGCCCGCCAUGCCUUCGAGUCUUUCCGUACGACCGACUGCCACUGGCGCCGCAAUCUGAUGUUGCGUCUGGCAGACAUCCUGGAGAAGAACGGCAAGGAGAUGGCUGCACUGGAGAGCCUGGACAACGGCAAGCCGUACGAAGUAGCGCUGAACGUGGACGUGGCACUUUCUGUCGAGUGCUUUCGGUACUGCGCUGGGUUCGCGGACAAGGUGGAUGGCAGCGUGCCGCCGCGCUCCGGCAACUUCCUUGGUGUCGUGAAGCGCCAGCCAAUCGGCGUGUGCGGCCAGAUCAUCCCGUGGAACUUCCCGCUACUGAUGGCUGCCUUCAAGCUCAGCCCUGCGCUUGCUUUGGGCAACGCGGUUGUGCUAAAGCCCGCGGAGCAGACGCCACUGAGCGCGCUGCGGCUUGGCGAGAUGGUGAUGGAGGCUGGCUUCCCGGACGGCGUGCUGAACAUCCUGCCAGGCUUCGGCGCGACUGCCGGUGCGGAGAUUGCGCGUCACAUGGACGUGGAUAAGGUUGCCUUCACCGGCUCGACCGCUGUUGGCCGAGAGGUGAUGCGGAUGGCGGCGGAGACCAACCUGAAGAAGGUGUCACUGGAGCUUGGCGGCAAGUCUGCGCUGAUCGUGUGCGAGGACGCCGAUGUGGAGGAGGCGGCGCAGGUGGCCACCACUGGCGUCUACUUCAACACGGGCCAGGUGUGCACGGCGUCGUCACGGAUUUACGUGCACGAAUCGGUGUAUGACCAGUUUGUGUCGUGCCUGCGCAGGAAUGCAGAGGCGUGCAAGGUGGGACCAGGAAACAACACGGCGAACAACAUGGGCCCGCUGGUCUCGAAGAAGCAGCAGGAGCGCGUACUCGGGUACAUCGACGACGGCGUGAAGGCUGGCGCGACGGUGGUGACUGGCGGCAAGAAGAUCGGUGACACGGGCUACUUCGUGCAACCGACCAUCUUUGCAGACGUGAAGGAGGACAUGCGGAUCUGUAAGGAGGAGAUCUUCGGCCCCGUAACUUGCGUGAUGAAGUUCAAGGACAUGGAUGAGGUCGUGAAGCGCGCGAACGACACCAUCUACGGACUGGCUGCCGGCAUCUGCACGCGCAGCAUGGACACUGCGCUCCGCUACUCCACAUACCUCAACGCCGGCACGGUGUGGGUGAACACCUGGAACAAUUUCUGCGCCACGAUGCCGUUUGGCGGCUUCAAGCAGAGCGGCAUUGGCCGCGAGCUGGGCAAGGACGCCAUUGAGCUGUACACGGAGCCGAAGGCGAUCCACUUUGCCCUCAAGGGACCUAUCGUCAAGCCGUGA